GUUUGUGCAAAACUGAACCAUCGACACGGAACCGUGUAUUUCCCGAUUGACAGAUUGAAUGGCUCCGCAGGAGGGCCAUUAUUUUCGAAUAAUAUUAUCUCUGAUUAGUCGUUGAUUAAUUCGAUCGAAUUUUACUACGCUCUAUAAGCUUUGAAGUGGUAAAGAAAUCUUCACACAGUAUCACUUCUAACUAAAUUUCAAUGUAUUAAAACGCUUUGGAAACAUUUGUUUCCGUAUACCGGUGACGCCCUUCUGGGUGUAGAAAUUGCGGACUGAUUAACUGAUUAGUCAUACUAAUCAAGCAUUAAAUCAACGUUAGAACCCUAGCACAAACAGACAAGUGUCAAACGUUGAACUAAAAAUUAAUAAAAAUGGAUAGCCAAGGACGGAAAGUAAUCGUGUGUGACAAUGGAACUGGGUUCGUCAAGUGCGGAUAUGCAGGCUCAAAUUUUCCAGCACAUAUAUUUCCCUCGAUGGUUGGACGGCCUAUUAUAAGAGCCGUUAACAAGAUUGGAGACAUCGAAGUUAAGGAGGAAUUUUAUGUCCGAGACUUGAUGGUAGGCGACGAAGCGAGUAAACUUCGUUCAAUGCUCGAAGUUAGUUACCCUAUGGAAAAUGGAAUUGUCAGGAAUUGGGAAGACAUGUGCCACGUAUGGGAUUACACGUUUGGCAAAGAAAAAAUGAAUAUAAAUCCAAAAGAGUGCAAAAUAUUACUGACAGAACCGCCAAUGAAUCCAACAAAAAAUCGUGCGAAGAUGAUAGAGGUAAUGUUUGAAAAGUAUGGAUUCGAUGGCACAUAUAUCGCCAUUCAAGCUGUUCUCACGCUCUACGCACAAGGUUUGCUCAGCGGAGUAGUUGUGGACUCUGGAGACGGUGUGACUCAUAUUUGCCCGGUUUAUGAAGAAUUCGCCCUGCCGCAUCUGACGCGAAGAUUGGAUAUAGCUGGGCGUGAUAUUACUAGAUAUUUAAUAAAACUGUUACUGUUGCGAGGCUACGCAUUCAAUCACUCGGCAGAUUUUGAGACUGUUAGAAUGAUGAAAGAGAAGCUGUGUUAUAUUGGAUACAAUAUUGAAACAGAGCAAAGGUUAGCCCUUGAGACGACGGUCCUUGUGGAACCUUACACACUUCCAGAUGGCCGAGUUAUCAAAGUUGGCGGAGAACGGUUCGAAGCACCCGAAGCUCUUUUUCAACCGCAUCUAAUCAAUGUCGAAGGCCAAGGAAUAGCGGAACUUGUUUUCAACACUAUCCAAGCUGCGGACAUUGAUAUUCGAAGUGAACUUUACAAGCAUAUUGUUCUGAGCGGGGGUAGCACUAUGUAUCCUGGACUUCCAUCCAGGCUGGAACGUGAACUGAAGCAACUCUACCUUGAACGAGUUCUCAAAAACGAUAUUGACAAAUUAUCGAAAUUUAAAAUCAGGAUCGAAGAUCCUCCAAGGCGCAAGGACAUGGUGUUUAUUGGUGGUGCAGUGUUGGCAGAAGUCAUGAAAGACCGUGACUCGUUCUGGAUAACGAGAGAAGAAUAUGAAGAAAAGGGUCUUGGCGUACUAAACAAAUUGACUGCCCGUUCUAGUUAAAGAAAUAUUCAUUUAGAAUAAAAAACGAAACGAAACCCAAAUCGUAUGAGAUGAUCAUACAAUAAAAAUUUUCAUAAGUGACACAAAGUGAAGGAUUUUUCUAACUGGAACUGGUUACAAAGUAUCCAAUUCCAUUUUGGAAAUGUGCUUGGAUAUUAUUACACACCGUUUAAAAUUACUUAUUAAUACUAACUGUGUAUUUCGACAAUGAAAAGUUGAAUAACAUAUAAACAUUCAAAAUUUCUGUUAAAAAAUCAAACACUUUAUUUUUUUUUUUCGUCAUUAUUAAAUAUGACAGAUAGCGAUAAGAUAAGACUCUACAGAGUGAACCAAGUUCGAGGGUACGACGUGUUACAAAUGAAAGAUUAUCAUUCAUAUUAUUGCAAUUAGAUAUUGGUUCUAUGGUAUCAACGGUCAAUUUGAUAAGCAGUAUAAUUUCAUCGCCUAGAUUUAGAAAUGAUGCAAUGCCUAAACGGGGCUUUUCGCGUCAACUAAGCCACUUUGGUUCGUAAAAUAAAAAUUAACUGUCAAAAACUCAGUCUUCCUCUGGCACCUCAAUGCUGUAGGUCACGGCAAUACAGACAUACGUUAAUUUUUUUUUACUAGAAAAUCAUUGGAACGAUUUUAUAUAGAGUGUGAAAAAUUCUCUACUGAAUGCAAAGAAGGUGUCUCAGUUGUCGAGUUAAACAAGUUACUGACAAGAAGUAGCAAAUUGUGUAAUAAAUAUUGAUUAUGUAUGAAUUAUUCUAGCUCUAUGAACCGUACUUUCUACAUCUACUUAGAAAUAUUUCUAACCAGGUGCAUUUAUAAAAUUCAUUAAGUCAAGAAGGAUUUAAACGAAACAGAUACAUAGAUAUAUCGAUAUGUAGGAUCGUUUGGAAUGCUUUCAUUUUUAGUGUAUAUUUUAGAUAAUAUUAUUCUUAUUAUUAUUACCAUUAUUAUCCAGAUAUCACUUCAUUGUUGUACAUACAUAGCCUGGGCUAAACGAGACAGUUUUGUAUUUUGGAUCAGAACUUCAGCAAAAAUAAAUUUACCUAUUAUAAAAGUUA